AUGAGCCGCAGGUUCACUGUCACCUCGCUGCCCCCUGCGGGGCCCGCCGGGACCCAUGACCGAGAGUUUCACAGGCAUUCAGCGGCCGAUCUCCGCCAACUCUCAGGGGAAGACGCCAAAGGUGAUGGUAACCCCAAGGAGAGCAGUCCCUUCAUCAACAGCACGGACACAGAGAAGGGAAAGGAAUAUGAUGGCAAAAACAUGGCCCUGUUUGAGGAAGAGAUGGACACCAGCCCCAUGGUGUCCUCCCUGCUCAGUGGCCUGGCCAACUACACCAACCUGCCUCAGGGAAGUAGAGAGCAUGAAGAGGCAGAAAACAACGAGGGUGGAAAAAAGAAGCCGGUACAGGCUCCACGCAUGGGCACCUUCAUGGGCGUGUAUCUACCGUGCCUGCAGAACAUCUUUGGUGUCAUCCUCUUCCUGCGACUCACUUGGGUCGUGGGCAUCGCAGGCAUCAUGGAGUCCUUCUGCAUGGUCUUCAUCUGCUGCUCCUGUACGAUGCUCACGGCCAUCUCCAUGAGUGCAAUUGCAACCAAUGGUGUUGUACCUGCUGGCGGCUCCUACUACAUGAUUUCCAGGUCUCUGGGCCCAGAGUUUGGGGGCGCCGUGGGCCUCUGCUUCUACUUGGGCACUACCUUUGCUGGGGCCAUGUACAUCCUGGGCACCAUCGAAAUCCUGCUGGCUUACCUCUUCCCAGCUAUGGCCAUUUUUAAGGCAGAAGAUGCCAGCGGGGAGGCAGCAGCCAUGUUGAACAAUAUGCGUGUGUAUGGCACCUGUGUGCUCACCUGCAUGGCCACUGUGGUAUUUGUGGGCGUCAAGUAUGUCAACAAGUUUGCCCUUGUCUUCCUGGGCUGUGUCAUCCUCUCCAUCCUGGCCAUUUAUGCUGGGGUCAUCAAAUCUGCCUUUGACCCGCCCAACUUCCCGAUUUGCCUCCUGGGGAACCGCACACUGUCUCGCCAUGGCUUUGAUGUCUGUGCCAAGCUAGCUUGGGAAGGAAAUGAGACAGUGACCACACGGCUCUGGGGCCUUUUCUGCUCCUCCCGCUUCCUCAAUGCCACCUGUGAUGAGUACUUCACCCGAAACAAUGUCACGGAGAUCCAGGGCAUUCCUGGUGCUGCCAGUGGCCUCAUCAAAGAGAACCUCUGGAGCUCCUACCUGACCAAGGGGGUGAUCGUGGAGAGGCGUGGGAUGCCCUCGGUGGGCUUGGCCGAUGGCACCCCUGUCGACAUGGACCAUCCCUAUGUCUUCAGCGAUAUGACCUCCUACUUCACCCUGCUGGUUGGCAUCUACUUCCCCUCAGUCACAGGAAUCAUGGCUGGUUCUAACCGCUCUGGGGACCUGCGGGAUGCCCAGAAGUCAAUUCCCACUGGCACCAUCUUGGCUAUCGCCACCACCUCUGCUGUCUACAUCAGCUCUGUUGUUCUAUUUGGGGCCUGCAUUGAAGGGGUCGUCCUUCGGGACAAGUUUGGUGAAGCUGUGAAUGGCAACCUGGUGGUAGGCACACUGGCCUGGCCAUCCCCUUGGGUCAUUGUCAUCGGAUCCUUCUUCUCCACCUGUGGGGCUGGGCUGCAGAGUCUCACGGGGGCCCCACGCCUGCUGCAGGCCAUCUCCCGGGAUGGCAUAGUGCCCUUCCUGCAGGUCUUUGGCCACGGCAAAGCCAACGGAGAGCCAACAUGGGCCUUGCUCCUGACCGCCUGCAUCUGUGAGAUCGGCAUCCUCAUUGCAUCCCUCGACGAGGUCGCCCCCAUCCUCUCUAUGUUCUUCCUGAUGUGCUACAUGUUUGUGAACCUGGCCUGUGCGGUACAGACACUGCUGAGGACGCCCAACUGGAGGCCACGCUUUCGAUAUUACCACUGGACGCUCUCCUUCCUGGGCAUGAGCCUCUGCCUGGCCCUCAUGUUCAUCUGUUCCUGGUAUUAUGCCCUGGUGGCCAUGCUCAUUGCUGGGCUCAUCUACAAGUACAUCGAGUACCGUGGGGCGGAGAAGGAGUGGGGUGAUGGGAUCCGAGGCCUGUCUCUCAGCGCCGCUCGCUAUGCCCUCUUACGCCUGGAGGAGGGGCCCCCACACACCAAGAACUGGAGGCCACAGCUGCUGGUGCUGGUGCGCGUGGACCAAGAUCAGAACGUGGUACACCCACAGCUGCUCUCGUUGACCUCCCAGCUCAAGGCAGGAAAGGGCCUGACCAUUGUGGGCUCUGUCCUUGAGGGGACCUUUCUGGACAACCAUCCCCAGGCCCAGCGGGCAGAGGAGUCCAUCCGGCGCCUGAUGGAGGCAGAGAAGGUCAAAGGCUUCUGCCAGGUAGUGAUUUCCUCCAACCUGCGUGACGGUGUGUCCCAUCUGAUUCAGUCUGGGGGCCUUGGGGGCCUGCAGCACAACACUGUGCUCGUCGGCUGGCCCCGCAACUGGCGGCAGAAGGAAGAUCAUCAGACGUGGAGGAACUUCAUUGAGCUGGUCCGGGAAACCACAGCGGGUCACCUGGCCCUGCUGGUCACCAAGAAUGUUUCCAUGUUUCCUGGGAACCCGGAGCGCUUCUCUGAAGGCAGCAUCGACGUCUGGUGGAUCGUGCAUGAUGGAGGCAUGCUCAUGCUGCUGCCCUUCCUGCUGCGGCACCACAAGGUCUGGCGGAAAUGCAAGAUGCGUAUCUUCACUGUGGCCCAGAUGGAUGACAAUAGCAUCCAAAUGAAGAAGGACCUGACUACAUUUCUGUAUCAUUUACGUAUCACUGCAGAGGUUGAGGUGGUGGAGAUGCAUGAAAGCGACAUCUCGGCUUACACCUACGAGAAGACAUUGGUGAUGGAACAGCGUUCCCAGAUCCUCAAACAGAUGCAUUUAACCAAGAAUGAGCGGGAACGGGAGAUCCAGAGUAUCACAGAUGAGUCUCGCGGCUCAAUCCGGAGGAAGAAUCCCGCCAACACUCGGCUCCGCCUCAACGUCCCAGAAGAGACAGCUGGCGACAGUGAGGAGAAGCCAGAAGAGGAGGUGCAGCUGAUCCAUGACCAGAGUGCUCCCAGCUGCCCCAGCAGCUCACCGUCCCCAGGGGAGGAGCCCGAGGGGGAGGGGGAUGCAGAUCCUGAGAAAGUGCAUCUCACCUGGACCAAGGACAAGUCGGCGGCAGAGAAGAAUAAGGGCCCCAGUCCCGUCUCCUCCGAGGGCAUCAAGGACUUCUUCAGCAUGAAGCCGGAGUGGGAGAACUUGAACCAGUCCAACGUGCGGCGCAUGCACACAGCCGUGCGGCUGAACGAGGUCAUCGUGAAGAAAUCCCGGGAUGCCAAGCUUGUUUUGCUCAACAUGCCUGGGCCUCCCCGCAACCGCAAUGGUGACGAAAAUUACAUGGAGUUCCUCGAGGUCCUCACCGAGCACCUGGACCGGGUGAUGCUGGUCCGCGGCGGCGGCCGCGAGGUCAUCACCAUCUACUCCUGAGAGCCAGGACCUGCCACCCGGGCCCCAGCGCGCCCGGCCCGCGGCCC